CUCUUCCGACAGCCAAUGGUGUCCGCGCCGGGGCUGCUAGUGCGCAUGCUCCUAAGAAAUCCAGACUCCAGGGGGCAUUGGGAGAAGACUUGCCAGACUUUGAGGGAAGGGGGUUGAAUAAAGCAAGUGUUAAGGAAACAUGCCCAGGAAACGUGUGCUGGAAAAAGACGACGUACUCAAAGCAAAACGGACAAAAGUCAGCCAUCGGUCGCAUCAAACGGAAGCGGGUCUGGUAUUGACCUUGGGGCAGGGUGAUCUCGGGCAGCUGGGCCUCGGGCCUGACAUCCUGGCGAGGAAGAGACCUGCCUUGGUGAAGCUCCCUGAGAAGAUCAUCCAAGCCGAAGCAGGAGGGGUUCACACAGUGUGCCUCAGUGAGACAGGCAAAAUCUACACUUUUGGAUGCAACGACGAAGGAGCCUUGGGGCGCGACACUUCAGAGGAAGGGUCUGACUCUGUGCCGGGGCUUGUGGAGCUGAAGGAGAAAGUGGUUCAGGUUUCUGCUGGUGACAGCCACACUGCAGCGUUGACGGAGGAUGGACGUGUGUUCAUCUGGGGAGCUUUCCGGGAUGAGAACGGUGUCAUCGGCUUACUGGCUCCCACAAAGGGUGGAGAGGGGCUUGAAUCCUCGAGCGGCAGUUCUGUCCCUGUGGAGCUACAGCUGGAAGUGCCAAUCGUAAAAAUUGCUUCAGGGAGCCAUCACUUGGCAUUAGUGUCCACAGAGGGGAACCUUUAUACCUGUGGUUGUGGAGACAAUGGCCAGUUGGGUCGAGUGCCCCAAAUCUUCAGUGCCCGAGGAGGAAGACGAGGAUUGGAACGGCUGCUGCUCCCCCAACCCGUCCCCCUCAAGCAGAGAGGCAGUAAGAACAAAGGGCACAUCUGUGAUGUCUUCUGUGGCUCCUAUUCCACCAUAGCCCUCACCCAGGAGGGCCAUGUCAUUGGGUUUGGCCUCUCCAAUUACUACCAGCUGGGUUCGCAAAGUAUUGACACUUACUAUUCUCCAAAGAUUCUGACAGCGUUCAAGAACUCCACCAGAUCCUGGGUGGAAUUCUCUGCUGGGCAACACCAUACCGUGUGCCUGGAUUCAGAAGGCACAGUGCAUAGCCUUGGCAGAGCAAACUACGGCAUGUUGGGCCUGGGAGAAGGUGUUGAAGAUAAGAGCACUCCCACUGCCAUCUCUGGACUGGCAAAGGCAUCCUCCGUCGCCUGCGGAGAACGGGUUGGCUUUGCAGUUACUGAAGAUGGGCAAGCUUUUGCUUGGGGUAUGGGUUCAAAUCUCCAGCUGGCAUCAGGAGACGAAGAGGACGCCUGGAGCCCUGUCCAGAUGUCGGGCCAACAGCUGGAGAACCGCACUGUCCUCUCAGUGAAGGGUGGUGGUCAACACACAGUGUUGCUAGUCAAGGACCAGCAGAGUUGACAAACUGGCACGGGCAACCCCCCAGCAAGAACUCGGGGUGGGGGGGACAGUUCCAUCUUCCCAAGUCUUUCGGGCUCAGAAGACUAGCUUUUGAUGGCAUCCUGUCAUACCUUCUGAUAUUUUCCCCUGGAGAGGAUAAUUAUAUAAAGUGUUCUCUCAGAGGCUGGAAUUUGUUUAAAUCUAAAAAAUCAGGUUUCCUUGGUGGCUGGAACGAGUCUUGUUUUUCCUAGCCCCCUUCACCUCCUUGGGGGUUCUUUUCCCUGCGUCUGCCAUCAGCCUUAGAAGGUCAGCUGAAAUUUCAAUCUCUUGCUAUCAAAUAUGUGUCUUCCAGCCUUCAUCUGCUAGACUUAUUUUUUUCCUUCAGAUCUUUCCGCUUCUCAAAACUCAGGGAGUUCUCAUGUCGUUCUUUGACCCUGACACCCAGGUUUGUCCUGGGUGGCUUGCCAUGCUCUGCUUUCUUGCACCUUCCUCUGUUUCUUGUUUGGUGAAGAUGGCAGAGUAGGUGGAAAUUGCCAUCAUCCUGAGCCACACCCAAAUUAAAAAGAGAAGAAAGUGUGGCAGGUCACCCAGGACAAAACAGGAUGUUGGUGUCUAAGGGAGACAGGAGAAUAUACUGCAUUUGGAGAAGAAAGGCGUGAGGAAAAAAGGGGUGUGUGUGAAAUAAGGCUUUGUUGCUUCUCAAACAUUGCUUUGAGAAGGUGCAACUGGGGUGUGAACCGGCCUUAUGUUCCUUCAUCUGGUUGGCCAGAGUUGGGAUUCAUCAGCUUGUGUGGGGGAAAAUUGCUUCUAAAGAACAGUUCUUCCAUUCUUUUGAAAGCUUUGCCUAUGCACAGUUCCUCUGGGGUGGCUUCUUAGGGGGCAGGGUGGGAGGUGGGAGCUGUCCCUGCUUCAGAGUCCUUAAAGGGAUUGGGAGGGCCAAGAGGCUGCCCCCUUUGGAUAUGUUUUCUGGAUGGCCUUUUCAGAACUUCAGCCAGGAUACUCAAACGUGAUGCCUUCUGUUGUGCUGUCAUCUAACUACUGCAUGGAUUACUGGACCGUGGAAUUGACACGUGCACUUGGGCACUCUCACUUUUUUCAUUUUCUGAUGUCAGCAUACACUGGGAUCUCCUUGACCCAUUUGUUCCCUUUUAAACAAGACAGAGGCGGUUGUAUUUUUAUCAAUAUUAAAACCUCAUCUCCAGCCAUCUGCUGCUACCAUCCGCCUGGUGUUUUCAGUAAGCGGCUGGUGUGUUUUUAAACCUUUGGCCGACUUCCUUAUAUUGGGUGUGGAUCAGAACUGGACAGAGCAGCCUUGCUUCUUGGUUGUUUGCCUUUCCUGUUGGGACUACACAUUUUUAAGACUGAUCUCACCUCUAAUUUGGCCCCAAGCUACAUUAAGGAAGGAAAGGAGGCGUGAACUCACAGCCUGGUGCUGUUUCUGUACCAUUUAUGUGCAACAGCUGGACCAGGGCAGAGAAAUUAGUCAGCCUUCCUACUUUCCCUAGUGUUCCUCUUCUGGUAGGCACAUUCAAAAGAUCUAAGAGAUGAGCAGCAGUACCUCAAAGGGCUGUUUUUUUAAAAUGCUGAGUUUCAGCAAUAUUCUGGGGAGGGGGGAGUGGUAGAGGCAAAGAUCUGAAAAACAUUUUGGCAGAAUUUGUGGAAGGGAAGCAAAUCUGUACAACUCUUAACGUUUGGAAUAAAUUGAGUUUUGAUA